AUGGUGUUUAGUACCUUCAUUAUGCUUGGUGUGCUGUGGGUUGCAAGGGCCGAUUCAAACGGUGAGUAUUGAACCAGUAUCCAUGUAUGCCGUAAUUUCUAUCAAAAUACAUCUGGUCUCUAAUUUCUUUGAGCUCUUUUUUUGUUCGCUGCUAACCUUUUCUUGUACUGGUAUCAAAAUUUAGGAAGUCUUUAUAUUUAUAAGUUUGUGAUCUAAUGGAACUGUCGCACUAAAGUCGCAUCGUUAUUUCUCUCAUGUUGACUCGACACUCAUCACGUUUCUAUACUAAGUAAAACUUCCUAACAGCCAUUUUCAAGAGAACACGUUAACUUUCCUUUAGAGUUAGGCUACAACACUUUGUAUAUGAAACUCACAAACAGCUGAAUUCAGUUUCUCUUCUAAAGAAACGCUGCAAAACGUGGGUAAAUCAUUUGUCGGCUAAACUUUUGAAGUGAUGAUUUAACAUACUCGCAGCAUUAUAAGAUCACAAUGCCUUUCCAGGAGAAUUAAUUAACGUCCAACUUGCUGUAAUUAUGGCAAGAGUUUAUGCUCUGGUAUGUUCUUAUCUCGCUCUACUGGUAUUGGAUGAUGGCAAUGAGUCAUUUAUAGAACAAUUUGUCCCUUUUGAAUUUAUUACAAACAGCUACAACAGUAAUGUUAAACCAAUCAUAAUUAUAUUAUAGAGACAUAAAUCGGGUUGUAUUCAGCCAAGAUCACAUAUUUAUAACAUGCUCAUGUUUCUUGAUCAUACAUCCUCUGAUCAAAACUGUCACUCAGGAAUUUCAGGCGAUUUAUUGAUCUUGCUGUUUUUGCGUUUCAUCAAAAACUUCCCAUUAUCAGGCUGUGUUUAUCGUGGGUCCUAAGUCUAUCAUCUCUGUUUACCAUUCCUUUCAAAUUGUUUCCAUUGUUUCCCAGUUGUUUCAAAGUUUUGCUUUCUAAACAAACAACAGUUAUGCCAGUAAGAUGUGCUUGUCAUUUUGUAAACUAGUCAAUGGACGAUCGAGGCACUUUUACGAUAUUUUUAUAUUCAAGUUAUUUCUUUUUCGUCUUUUUUUCGUGUCGGCAAAAAUCCUCGAUGACGGAAAGUUGUCAUUCAACUUAAUUGUGUUGAACUGUCCUUUUUUUGUUGCUGUGAUGUUUCUUUUUCAGCAUUUCUAAAAAUAAGAAUCCCAGUUUUCAGCCCCCUUUGGGCGAUUGGUUAAUGAAGAAAGAAAGGUCAAAAGCUCAAAAUGUGCUGUACCCACUGUUGAUUUGAGAAAAAAAAGAAAAACAAACAAAAAAUAAGACAGUUUGCACAAUACGACCUUAGGAGAGGGUAUUGAUUAUUUAGAACACUCCUUCCUAAACAAGCAAUCCGACUGCUGAUACGAAAGCUUGAAAACUACCGCCUCGAAUCGCCAAGGCAAGCCUACUCUUUACAAAUGCUACCAAAGUAUGGACAUCUGUUCUAUUGGCCUGAAAGAUCCAAACUUAAACUCCAAAAGUGUUUACACCCCUUGAAACCCUCUCUAAACCACUCUUACUGUCCGAGUACGGAGCAGUGUCCGACUGACUGAUUGGUCUGAUCGUCCCGAUCACCAAUAAGUAUUUCAUUUGCGCAAUGAAUUAAUUGAACCUGAUAGUAUCGAGCAAAAAUUCUUAUGUUAGACAUCUCUUCUAUUUACAAAGGAAAAAUUUCAUUACAGAGGAAAGCAGGCCUAGGUACCCCGUCAGUAUUUCGUUCACUCGGACUGUUGAAUUUAUAAACGUAUUUCCAGUCGUAGUCCUUGAAUUAUAGCCACCCUCCAGGCUCUAAGCCUUCUCAAUGGACACUAGCUGAACGAUGAAAUAGAUCUGUUUUGGCUAUAUGUUGUCAAGUUUGAGGUUUCCGGCUAAAUGAAUGAAAUAAUUUGUCGCAGUGAUAAUUUGGCAGAAGACCCAAGUGUGUAAUCAAUUUCCGGUCACUUGGCAAUCUCACGCCUUGAAAUUCACAGAUAUACAAUGAAACCUAAAGAAUCAGUGACAAUACACAGAUCUUCCCUUCUUUGAAAAUUCUGCGUUCAUAAAAAAAUGUCAAAUAAAGCCCCAGUUUGUUCAACCAAAAAGAGAGUAAACUGAAGUUAACUGUUUCAAACCCAUGAGCAUUUCUGAUCAUGGCAUUUUCAAGUUUGCCCGAGUUCGUAAGGCUUAUAGGUGGCGCGCACAGCUUAUUCCACGACACGUAAUCCACUUUAAGCUUUUAAAACAUGCUAGUACGGAAAGUGCAAAAUGGAUAAAACAAACUCGAAUUAAAGCUCUUUUUCCCUGUAACAAUGACAUAUAAUAUAGGGCGUAAUAUUGGAGUUCUUGUUUUGCCAUCUUUAACUCAUAUUGGCGAAAGCCAAAACGAAGGAGGAAGUCCUUUGCUGUAUACAGCCGUUGCGAGAUAGGUCGUCGGAAAAAUGUGCACGCGUCAAUACUGAAAGGUAAUGUGGGAUAUGAUCAAAUAAACUGUGCCUGACUUUGUAGCUCUCGAACCUACUUUUGUUGCUUUCCUUUAGCACUCGCUAUCAUACGUCCAUGGCCUCUCGUGCCAUUCUUUCAAAUUUCUUCGAAGAACAGUUAACUCAAAACCACCUACAAUUAAAGCUUUCGGGAUUGUCGCGUGCACUUUUUUCCGACAACCUUUCUCGAAAUUAGAGCUUUAAAUUCAGUGGCUGAUCGAAGGCAGAUUAAAGAAUUAUACUGAACCAAAUACGACAUUGCUUUAAGCAGUGUCGUGACAAGAGAAGUUGAUUCUCUCGUGCACUUUAGUAGGGGGUCAUUAUUGGUGACUAGGUAACUUCAGUGUCUCAUCUCAUCAUGUACGGUGCAUCUCAUAAUCGACUAAUGCAGCCGUCUCCUACCAGAGAAUCGCAUAUCCUACCCAUAUCGCUUUCGUAAUCUUGCGCGCUGGCUGGCUUGCCAACGGGUAUGAUGAUGCUUUCCUAGCGGGCACACUAAGUAAAUGCUACCAGAUUCAAUACUGGUUCGUUUGUGUGGUGAUUUCCUCCUAACUUCUAGCCUGCGAAUACAGCCGUUUCGCGAGUUGCAAGGAGUAAAGACAAACGACUGUAUUCGCAGGUUACCUAACUCCUUAAGGCGGCUACAUUCACGUUCGCAAUUCUUUUUGGUUACUGACGAACAACACAAUUUCCCUUUUCGCCAGGCGCCGAGACCCGUUUCACCAAACUGUUUUAAAACCCUCCAAGAAGAAGUCCAAAGAGGGAUUGAAUUUGGUUAACAGUGUGGACCUGGCGUGAUUUCGAACCUUUUUAAAGACGAUAUGGGUUUCAUUUUCAUCACUUAAAGUGCUUUAGUUUUCACUCAAAACAGCUGCAAGCCACAUUUGUGCCUCGACCGUCCUGAUUCUGCUAGCAUGACAUAAAUAGAAAACUAUGCUUUUAAAAAAAAAUGCGGUAUAGGUGCAAGAGAUGACUAUAGGAGAACGGCACCAAGCUACAGUGCAGGGACGAUAACCUUUAGAACUGUAUAGCUCAUCAAAACCAACGUCGGAGGUUUUAUAAACUUUCUUAAACUAGGCCAGUUUUUCACCCCUGUUACGUCUUUCUAGUUAUAAUUAGAUUAUGGUCAUUCAUUUUACUCUCUAUACAUUGUUAUCGCCUCGUUAGCAAUAUUUUGCUCUUUGUUAAAAUAACGUUUUUCGCUUCCCUUCUAGCAUUUAGAGCAGAUAAGACUAAUUUUUUAAAUAUUGUGUUUUAUAAUUUGUCUUAAUCUUUUCAAUGCAAUCUUGUCUCUGCACCUUUUUAGCAUUUAACUUUACAUCAGUAAGUAAUUGUUUCCAUGUUGUUACUUCAAUCUGUACGAUACUGAGUUGAAGAGAAUGAAGGCACAAAUCUACAAGGAAUUAACAAACAGAGAAAUUUCAUUUUUCUAAUUCUCCUCUAUUCCCUUCGCGAGCGUUGCUUUGCCUCUUCUGUAAACCUUUUUAGGUGUAAAAAUAUUGCCAGGUUUUGUUCAGGUAUGAAUAUGGGACUGCAUGGACUUUUCGCAGAAGCACGCAAGAUCCUUUUAUUUAGAAAACGCUGUAACAUACACGCAACUGUCCUGAUUCAUUCAACGUUCUCUCUUUUCUUUCGUUUGCAUUCCCUUUCUUUUCUUUUAGCAUUUCAAUAUGUCUUAUUCCCUGAAAAUCACGAGGACAUAAUUUCUUGAUGACGAUUGGUCAGCCUUUCUCGUUCUUGUGUGGUUAAGGAUGAUUUUCAUGGUUAACGUUUGCUUAGGGCAAUAUUGAACAAAACCUAACAUCGAUGUUUUUGGCAAUAAACUCAUUUCCAUACUAACACCCCAAAAAAGACCCAAAUUAUAGAGGGCGUAAAAUUGAAACUGCUUUCAAAUCUGGAUAUGCGCUUUGGUGACUUUUAUGUUACGAAUCGUGCGCAAGAACAACUUUCCAUUUGUGACAUUUUUCAUUUUCACAUAAAAAUAAAUAACUACAUUUUAAGAAAAAGUAAGUCUUAAUUUAGCCUGGGUAGCACGCGUCUAACUUUCGCGGGUUAGAAACGAAAUGUCGGCUGUAUUCAAUAUUAUUAACAUCUUCUGUAGUUCUCACAACUAAUUUUUCUUUCCUUUCAGAGCUUGAUCCACCUAGUUAUCUUGUUGGGUAUGUAACUGGUGAUACGUCGAUCAAACUCUCCUGGGAAGUUAAAUCUUCUUCAAACAAUACAGUGUUUGAGCUAAGGUGGAAAAUAGGCGACAACGAAUCGUCUAUGUUGCUUCCCGGUUCAACUGGAACUAUCACACUAAAGAAUCUCCGAGUUUACACUCAGUAUCUCUUUCGAGUAAGAACAGGUACUGUGGAUGGCAAAUGGGGUGCAUUUACCAAAUUCACAAGUAUCUGGACCCCGGAGGGAGGUAAGAAUAUGAACGGUUAUGACAAAAAACAGCGUUAAUUGGUCUAUUCUCAGACCGUAUAUUUUUUUCUUUAAAGAUCGUUCGGCGCAAGUAUGAACUGCCUGAGAUUCAUUAACUGCCAGCGCAGUGGGGUUGGGUGGGUAAAUGCCACUGUCGUUCUUGCAUGUUCAAAUAUCCUGAAACAAGUAAACAAAGAAAGAAAAGACGAACACGUCUAUGGACAGGCUAAGUGUUAACAAGACAAAUCAUUAUUAUUCUUUACAAAAGGGACAAAGCCCAAAAAUAUUAAAUCGUGGGCAUGUGCACCUCAUCUCACCUCAUGUGCAAACAUGGAGGCCAUAUAGAAAGGGUUACGCCCGCAAUGAAUGAUCAGAUUUCUGGCAAGCUCCGAACAUGUCUCGUUAUCCGGUAUAUGACAUUUGCAGACUGCAGACUGCCGACUGGAGACCGCAGAUUGCAGAUUGUAAAUUAAAAGACACUAAAACUCUUCCUAAUAAAGGUGACACCAUCAAAAAUAUACCAUCGUGUGAAAGUGAGAAAGUAGCCUGGGAACAAGGUUGAUAUUUUUGGGCAAAGUUACAUUGGCCUCAUUUCCAAGUUGCUGUUGGCUAUUCUUUUUAUUAACUCACCCGGCAUAUCACUAAUUGUGAUGAUUCUUUUUUCUUCUUUGAAAUUGAUAAUGACAAGUAGUAAUGCCCACUAAUGCCUGUCUAAAUAGUAGUCUUCUAUAAAAAAAAAGUUUUUAGAUUGCGAACACUUCGUGCUCACUACAGUUACAUUGACACAAACAACUACGAUAGAUCACGGACAUUUAACAUCUUUUAAAUGACGUAUUUCAGCAAAAUAAUCUAAACCGAACAGAUCCUACGAAUUGCCGAAAGUUCAUUUUGAAUUUCUAAAUAGGCAACUUGAGAAUGGCUUUUUUAACAGGCCAAUCAUUGCUCAUACUCAAAUCCUAGUACACAGGUAGGGACCCCGUAGAGUAAGGAUUCCGGCCCUGUUUCGCAGACUUAUAUAACCAGAGUUUAGUUUCAUCUGUGGUGUAGGCUAAAUUGCUAUGGAUUUAUGGGCGAGUUUGUGACAUCGGCAGACAUUAUUCUGCUCUAAUUCAAUACGAGAAGAACAGCCAACAACUCCUUCAGGAAUGAGGUCGGUGUAAUUUGCGUGAAAAAUGUAAACUUCGCUUCUAGGCCUUACAUGUACUUCUCAGAACAAGGUAAUGUUGAUGAUGACGCCACCUUUAUUACGAUAUUUUUGGUGUCAUUCAAUUUACAGUCUUGCUGCCUCAUGCAGUCUGCAGUCUGCAAAUGUCAUACACCGCUCAUUAUCCGGCAGCGUCAGGUCAAAAGCGUAACUCUCUUCCUUUAAAAGGGUCUAUGUUUUACCAAAGGGGGCAAAACCAUCAAAUAAUAUGCUUGGUCGUCAAAAGAAACUUUAAUUUUAUGGGUGUGCAUGGUUCGUCUCACCAGGAGAAGACGCUACGACUAUGAAUUAAGAGUCAAACUUUUCAGUCUUUGCCCGUAAUUUCCACAGUCUCUUUCCGCCAAACUUUAUUUAAUUUCAUGUGCCAUUUUUAUCAUUGGAGAGUUGCAAAAUUUGAUUUAGAAACAUCUUAGUUAAGAACCUGUUGAGAUACAAGGGAAGAGUAAAAUCACGCGUAUUUUUUUACUAAUUAAAACUUUUAACUGAACUAAUCGCCAUCUAUUUUGUAAUAGUACCCACAGCCCCGCCAGACAGUGUGACAGCAUACAACACCAGUUCCUUCAGCAUUAUGGUGUUUUGGUCGCAAGUUCCCAAUCGCUACCGUAACGGCCUGGUGGUUGGUUACAAAGUCUGCUAUAAACGUGCCGAUAUCAUUGAGAGUGUGUUGUACUGCAUAGCUGUUUAUGCCCUGGGGAUAGAAAUUGGGGGCUUGAAAACAUAUACACCUUACUGGAUCACAGUCCUGGCUUACACUACCAAGGGCGAAGGUCCAACGAGUAAACCUCUAUUGGUGUGGACUGAUGAGCACGGUGAGUGAAAUUUUUGUCAACAAAGUUUUUAGAUUCAAAACUUAGCCGAGGAAAGACAACGAGCAGUUGUCCCAACUCUUCGACGGGCUAAAUUUAUCGCGAAUCUUGCCCACGUUUAACAAUAGUGGCUAUGGGAAACGCCUUGAGGACGAGGUUGCAAUAGUGGUUGUUGAAUUAUGUUUUAAACGAAGUUAAUGGAAGCUAACAAAAAAUCUCUGGUAAACAAUUAAGAAAAAUCAAAGGAAAGCUCUAAGAAGUCUACAAGGAGUGUCUCCUGAAGUAAAAAGUAACCUUACUUCCCUACUGGCUGAGGCCAGACAAACAGGCUGACUUUAAUUAUUGACUGACUACUGACAGAGUGACUGACUGACCUACGGACAGACUGACUGACUGACUUGUGACUGACAGACAGACAGACUGACUGAUUGACUGACUGACUGACUAGUGACUGACUAACAGACUGACUGACUCACUGACUGAAAAACUGACCGACUAUCUGACGGACGGACAGACUGACCAACUGACUGACUGAGGAUGAACCUUUUUGUUUUGAUACUAAGAAGUGAUGGUGCAUUUCAGUUUCCGAUUUUCUUUGUCUUUCAGUUCCGUCAGCAGCACCGAAAUUAUUGUCUUUUCAUCCAACAUCACUGCAAUCAAAUUUUCUUGGGCCCCAAUACCUCAAAAGCACGUUAACGGAAUCUUGCGUGGUUACUACGUCAUCUACUGGCAGUGGCCGCGGGCGUCUCCUGACAAUCUUGUGA